AUGCUGAACGUUGCAUAUCAGCCACCGAUGCGGCCCUUCGACCUGGCCGCCAUGAAUGCAGAGUUCGAGAGUAAGACGGGGUAUCCGCUGUACGCGUAUUGGGAACUGUUUCUUGCAGAUGAUGGUGCCCUAGUUGUGGAUAAGCACUUGGACAGAUUCUGGGCGGUGAUGCAUGGCGAUCGGGAACACUGGAUGCGGGAUAUUUUCUGUGUGCGGAAUGCUAUGCGGAGAUUUUUAGAAAGCGAUGAGAAGAUCGAGCUAAAGGAAUACGCAAAUCCGGGAAACGGAUGGAAAGAGGAGUGGCUCAAAAGCGUGCAAGAGGGGGGUGGGUUGGCAAGCGCGAUGGGAGCCUACAAGGCGAUGGCGUAUAAUCUCGACCUUGAUGUUGAAAAGACAUUACCAGCGGAGCGCGCGCAGAUUACCGUGCCUGCUUUUUUCUUAGGGUGCUCAGGUGAUGAGGUAUGUUUACCAGCACUGAUUGAGCAGAGCAAGGAUUCCGGCCUGCUACCAGAUCUCACAGUUAAGGUUAUUGAUUCCGGACAUUGGUCCCCAAUGGAGAAGCCGGAUGAAGUGGGCAAGGCUCUGUUUGGAUUUUUAGUUGAGAGGUUUUAA